UCGUUAAUCAUCUGAGAAGACAUGACAGAUCUCUGUACGCUUCGUGCAGUCGAUUGUUGGUGCUAUGUAUUAGCAUCUCGACCGACAAAGCGCUGUGCAAUGGACGAUAUCCCGCAGUGGCACAACAGCCGCAGUGGCUGACGUCGUCAGGUUUAGCGGGAUCCGGGGAAGCCAAGACCCUCAAUAACCGAAUCGCAUCUCCUCUCGUCCAUGGCAUGGAAGCAUUACAUGGGCUCAUACGCCUCGAUCUUGAUCUCCUUCGUCAUUGAAAGAUACGCAUAAGAACAGCACGAACGUGUAGUGGCUCCCCGCUACAUACACCGCCUAGCAUGUCGACCCCAAGAGCUGGCUCCUUGGUAUGGCGCUGCUCUCGAGCGUGCCUACAACCAUCCUCACAUCGCACAUUCACAAGCACAGCUCCCCGCCCCGCGACCGUACGAAUAGUGGAAGUAGGGCCAAGAGACGGACUGCAGAACGAGAAGAAUGCCAUACCAGUCGAGACAAAGAUCUCUCUCGUCGAUCGCUUGGCAGACACUGGCAUCACAUGUAUUGAAGCCGGCUCAUUCGUGUCCCCGAAAUGGACGCCUCAGAUGGCCAACUCGUCCAGGAUCCUGGAGCAUGUCCUCCGACGGCCUCCCAGGUCGGCAACGCCCAUAACAUACCAAUGGCUGCUGCCAAACGUGAAGGGACUGGAGAAUAUGCUGGAGAUUUACGAACCAUUUGCGAGCGAGGCAGGCUAUCCCACACCUCCGGGCACGCCUGAGCACGAUAACGGCCCUGCUCUAAACACAUCCUCCCAAGACCCGAAUGCGAUCAAGUCUGCUCAGUCCGGCCCUGACGCGAUGACCCCUCCAAAGACCGCUCCUACCGAGAUCUCCCUCUUCACCGCCGCGACCGAGACAUUCACAAAGAAAAACACAAACUGCACCAUCGCGGAAUCGCUGGAGAGGUUCAAGCCGAUCAUGGCAAAAGCAAAGUCCCUGGGAAUCCCUGUGCGAGCCUAUAUCUCCGUGGCGUUAGGUUGCCCCUACGAAGGCCCAGACGUUAACCCAGGCGCAGUCGCCGACCUCGCCAUAUCGCUCCUCGAAAUGGGCGCAUACGAGAUAUCAGUCGCCGACACGACCGGCAUGGGCACAGCGCCCAGCACCGACCGGCUUCUGAAGACUCUCUCCUCCGCAGGCAUCGAGAACAGAGAUCUCGCCCUGCAUUUCCACGACACCUACGGCCAAGCGCUGGUCAACUCGGUCGUCUCUCUUGAGCACGGAAUCAGGACUUUUGAUAGCGCUGUCGCCGGGCUCGGUGGCUGCCCCUUUAGCCCCGGUGCAACUGGGAAUGUCGCCACCGAAGAUCUUGUACAUUGCUUCCACAGCCUGGGUGUGGAUACGGGUAUUGAUAUCCAGAAGCUUGCCCGGGUAGGAGAGUGGAUCAGUGAUGAGGUCGGACGGCCGAAUGAGAGUAGAGCUGGCAAGGCGGUGCUGGCGAAAUUAAGGAAGCAGGCAUAAGAAGUGGUGUGUAUAUGCAUGUAAUCACGUUGAUGAAUAUGCAAGCGUAGAGGUCUGCAAGAAUAAACGACAUUCAUGCCUUGCCGACGAACCUGCAUUUGCUACACUGAACCAGGCUCGAACGGGGGGAUAGACGUACUGCCCAGAACCAAGUCUUGCUUGCUCAAACACCGCGUGUAUCUCGACAAUCCUCGCCACCAGUCUAUGUUCGCCAAUUCUCCAUACUAACCUACUCAUCAAAGUCCAUCAAAACAACACCUCAGAGUACCCGCUCAGAACAUGUCACUCUGAUUCAUUCCAAUCAGGUCAUGCUAAACUCUCCCUCACCCAACAACC